AUGGAAUAAAUGAUAUUCAGUCUAGAUAAAAGAUCAUCUCUAUAAGAGACAAACAUAACUGAGUAAAUUAUUUUUUAGACUAUCAGUGCUCCUAUAAACCAUUAAACUAUGUCCACUUCUAAACCUUCAAGGAAACAGAUUAGUGUUUCUUCUAUAAAGUUUAUCAGAUAGUAAAAGCUAUCUUCCCUGGCUAAAUAAUCUUAGUAUUUAAAGGUGUAGCUGAAAUCAUGUAGAACUAUAAAAAUAGAAGUUAAAGUAGAACAAAAAAAGUUAAUUAAAGCCAAAUAAAGAAAAGAAUUAGUUGUGUUCUCAGAUUUGAUUGUGUACACAAUGCUAAGUGUCACUAUAAAAUGA